CUCACCAGCAGAUUGUGGUCGGUAGCCAAACCAUGCCAGUUUUGCCUCGACAUCAACUGAUGGAAGGCAGGGCUAUCUUCAGGAUCGGUCUAGUGCACCUUUGUGGGUUCGCCCUGAAGGUGAGGUUCCCGAGGUCCACAUCUGAACUUCAUACACAUUUGUGUUCUGUGAUUCUUGGGGAAUCUUUUAUGCGUCUGGUGCUCUGAAGCCAGUAAGAGCACAAGAUGUAGGAAUUGAGUGCCUAAUUAGCACCCUCGGCAAGUCCUCGGCGAUGGAGGAAAGGAGGUCCCGAGUCCAUCACCUACGAGGGUCCUUCCCCACAUAUAGUACAAUAGGUCCAAAUGUAACAUGGCAACUGGUAGAGGAUCUCAGCUCCAGCUGUAUUGUAAAUCAAAGGUCUAGUGAAGGAGUAUCGAAUGAGGGAAUUACACGUCAAAGGUUUAGAAAACUUUACAUCGAACAAAUUGUGUGCUUUUCGUUUGUCUCUGCGCUUUUAUGGUAACAGAGGUACCUUCCUGUCCUCGGGUUCUGAACUGGGUACGCCCUGGACUGCGUUUAGCCGCAGCUCCUGGUUCUAUCUAAUCGGGGGCCUGAAGCCAACCAAGCUUCAUCAAAGCUUCCGAGCCGGCCAUACUGUCAUGGCUGACUGUCGGAUUUUAACUGCAGAGUACAACAGUGGUCCCGACAGAGGAAGAUGCUCAAAAUCAGCAGAAUCAUCCAUCUUUGUGGCAUGUCCUGGAAGCAAGCGAUCUGAGGACUGGAGAAUGGGGUCCGCCAGGCACGUUCGGUUGGAAGGAACGACAGCCACGUCGAGUGGAUUAGUGAAAACGAGAGCGGAAACAGAGAUUACGUACUUUGUUUGCGAGAGAAAUGUCAAUCAAUUCUCUCCGCGAUUAGUUCCAUGGGAUGCAAAAGCAAGUGAAGGUAGGCUUAGAGUAAUUGAGGUGUCGGUGAAUGAAGAAUACUUAACAAGUCAGGCCGAAUUAAUUCUUCUUGAGGUCAGGCCUGGGCCUACUUAGUUACGCUCUUUCGAGCACGCUCUGAGACUUCUGACUAAAGAGUUUGAAGUACUCUGUGGCCCACCAGCCGACAUCCAGGGACAGACCGUAUAGAGUGUGAUUCUCGUGCUCAUGUCGCUGGCCUUUUCAAUUAACGCCCACUGUUGAGAUGAUUAGCACCAGGAGAGACGAUUGGGAUUUCGACAGCUGGGCCUUGGCGAUGUCUGCUGAUAGGAGGAAAUGCUGCUCCGGUCACAGGUUUAUAGCGAAGUUGCUCCACCGUUAUCGGAGAGUCGGGUACAUCAUCCUUGAACAGAUUCUGUGUGGCAAAUGCGGGGCUCAAAGACUACUGUUUGCUUUCAACUGAUGUGUUCGAUGAUCGAGAGAUUGGGAGACAUUUUCAUCAAGCUCUGUCCGAACCCUGGUUAUCAUAUACGAAGUCUCUGCAUCUGACGUAUGCAUUGUGCUACACUUGACAUAACUCGUGCUGGUCGAGCUUUUCGAACUGCGAAUUCUCUGAGGAAUGGAUCGCCCGAUCCUGACUUAUGCACCAGUGCCUGCUUUCAAUCCAGCUUGGAUACAAAACGAAUCUAUAAGUUACGCCUUCUCUUUGAGCUUUUCGACAUUUUGUGUAGCCUGAGAAGGUCCUAGUUGGCCGGCUAGUCGAGGAUCAAAAUGGCCACAGGUGUUGGAAUACGGAUCGCACUUUGAGAAUUCAACAACAGGGUUGGACGAAGGCGACAGUAUAUGAAAGAUUUUUUGUAGAAUUGGGGACGUUUGAAUGGAAAUCAUGGAUGCAAGCGCUGCCCAGCCUCUUCUAGGUAUUAGCGAAGAAGAGACCACAUUGAGGGAAAGGGCCGCAUUACUUAAAUCUGUGGAGUUUCAGGCAACGUUACAGAAGGCUGCAUUCCUAGUGGAUCAGGCUUUGUUGAGGCGUUGGAUGCCUUUGGAGGUUCUACAACAUAAAAACUAUCAGAAAGCGAAGUUGUGCUGGUCAUGGUACAAUCGCCUAUUUUACGUGAGAUGUGUCGUCCUGGGCAUCAUGAUUAUUCUUCCUUUUUUUCAGGCACCAGAAUGGUGUACCGGGACUGCGGGAAGGCCUUGUGGAGAUCCUGACAGGUACAUGCUCAGCGGGAUUAAUUACAUCCGACCAUCAGUGGCUCUUGCGAUUGAGGCUUUGUGCGUGUUUCCUUUGAUUGUUUCAUUGCUGUUACAACGAUACUACAAAUUUCAGACGUUCUGGCACCAUGGAUCAACUUAUGUCAAGGUUGGAUUGUGUAUCAUCAUAAGUGUUCGAAUAUUUGCCGCGGCCGCCAACCUUCCAUGGAUGUUCUUUUAUCAAGGCACCAUGGCGAACAUGUAUCUGAACAUUUUGACACCCAUUUUCUUCAGCAGGUCUUCGCCAGUGCAUGAUGUUUGUUUGUGUAACUACGCUGUGGGAAGAAAAUGCAGUUCAUUACGUGGUUGCUUCCGGAUGACUCUUCAGAUUGUUCACUCCUUUUUGGAUACCGCGAUUCUGCUAGCGGGCUUCAUUCUGCUCUCAGCAUGGUUGGCGAACGUACUGUUUCGAGAACCAAAUUUUGAAGAUUACCCAACGUCUCUUUUGAGCCUUCUGAUCAUGCUCACAACUGCCAACAAUCCAAACGUUUGGGCGGAAGUAUAUACCAACAAUCGGAUCUCUUUCAUCUUCUUCUUUGUGUACAUGCUCGUGGGGUUCUUCUUUCUCAUGCAUCUGCUGUUCGCUCUUAUAUACAACAACUACAAAGUUCAGUUGGCUGUAGAAGUUCACAAGCAUGCCACAAUACGCCAAAAUAAUCUCAGGGCGGCAUUCGAUCUUUUGAAUCUGAAUCGAGAUGGUAUAACCAUUCCAACAGCUACCGCUCUUUUCAAUGAGAUAGGUAGUUACAGGCACAUAAGCGACGUUGAUUCAACAGUGCAAAAAGUAUUUGCUCGUCGGAAUCGGAGUCCUGAUGACAAAAUUAUAUUUGGUGACUUCCAAAUGCUCUGUGACCAGUUUCUCAGAGAAGUGGAUAGAAAAGCCGAAGCCAGGUUCUUGGAAGAGGACAAUGAAGUCACAAGUAUAAGAAUGAGCUGUACUACAAUACUUAUCGAGAGUAAUUUCUACAAGUGCUUCUCAUGGGCAGUCACGCUGGCCUCUUUGGUGGCCGCCGUCCUAGACAGAAGUAUUAGAGGUGUUGAUUUUACAGCUCCACGAGGCAUUUCUCUGAGUCUUCUGACAACGUGGGAGUAUGCUUUUGGUAUGUUCUUCUUCGUUGAAAUGUCUAUGAAGCUACGGGUGCUUGGUUCCAACUAUUGGGAUAGCUUGAGAAAUUGUUACGAUACUCUUCUUACUUUCUCAAUAGUGGGCGUGGAGAUACUUUCCAAUUGGCAUCCGGAGGUCGUCGAAUGGAUAUCAUUGCUGCUCAUCAUACGCUCACUCAGAAUAGUCAGCUUACUGAACCACUUCACCAGAUGGCGACUCAUGUUCUGUCUCCUGGUCCGGAUGGUUCCUGCCACAGCACCAAUACUUGGGAUCCAAUACUGCGUGUGCUCCCUGUUUGCAAUUCUAGGUGUUCACCUCUUUGGAGGACUAGUCUAUGUUGGAAACCCACUGCUAGAAGGGACAGAAUACGCCGCAUCGGGUCUCUGGGUGUACAACUAUAACGACUAUGGAUCAGCGAUGGUGUCGUCAUUCAAUCUCUGUGUUGUCAACAACUGGUAUGUCAUUAUGGACGGAAUCGUUGCCGCCUCAGGGACGUCGUGGGCUCGAGCUUACUUCAUCACUUUCUGGGCAAUUUCAGUGACUUUCACUCUGAACGUGGUGGUGGCAUUCUUCGUUGGCGCCUUCACAACACAGCUGGAAAAGGCGGAGAAUGAUCGAUCUAUGGUGGUGCCGCAAAAUUCCAAGUAUGCAGUACUGACCAGGAAAAAGGUAGGGUUCUCCUUAUUCAUGGGUUACAGCAGAACGUUCUCAAAAUACGAUCUCUAUGAAGAGAUUGUGAAAAGGUGAGAUUCCCAAAGAGAAUCCUUCUCCAAAAAAGCCUAAUCUUGGUUGACAAUUCAGUGCCGGCACCAGAAGCACAAGGGUCUAAUCAGUAACAGAUUAAGUGGCUUUGGAUCUUGUAUACUAUUUUUUUGCACGAGCUACUUCUCGACAUACACUAGUCCGAAAUGAUGCUCUCGAAGGGCUCUUCAUACAUUUUGAUUUCAACGACCUGGCUCUUCUAGUUUCGUAGUUUCGUGCUUGCCUAUGAGACUAUCUUACACACGAUACACUAACAAACAGAGUGGCGCUCUGUUGCUGGACGGUUUCCCAUUCCAUCCCAGCCCCAAGUCACGAAUGUUGUUCACAGCAACCAAGCAAAACAUCCGGCAGGCGCAUAGACUCUUGUAAAACAGAAAAGCGACAGAUAUCAGAUCACAGAUCGUUCAUUGUAGAUUUGGGGCGGGGCUGAUGAUUCUUCAGUCUAUUCCUCAAUACUUCUGGGCUGUAAAUACGUGCGACAUACAAGAAAAUGACCCAAUUUUUUGUGGAAUCCUGUUGGCAUUCCUCGUUUACAUAUACAAUUCUCAACAAGUGGAGGUUACCAAUGAGGCACUGAGCCAAAUAUUUGUAUCAAGUUGUGACUGUUCACCGGGUGCACAAUCACAACUUUUGCACCGUUAUUUACUUUUGGCAAUCC